UUUAAAAUCCUUAUUCGAAUUGACACGUGAUAUAUAGAUAUAUAUUGAUAUAUCGUUUUUUAUUCUGUUCGCGUAAGACAACGGCCUCAAAAUAAAACGCGAAUUAUAGUUUACAGGUUGAAGGUUUAAAGGUCAAACAGCAACUGCGCAGACAGCGCAUGUUCAUGCAGCCAUGUGCUGUAACUUAACUGUCGUGAGAAGUGCACUAUUUUUAACAUAGUUUGAUUUCUCUUCGAGACGUUGUUUAAAGUGUAUACUUACAAACAAGAACGGGCUAAUGCACAGUUAUUUACAGCCGAGACUUUGGAUUGUUAACCACGUGGUUAAGUUACUGUCUUCAGCUCUAAAGAUCUAAAAGAGUUUUUGACAUUAGACAGCAAAGGUUAGUGUUAGCAGUCAUGUCAGGUCCAGAACUGCUGUUAGACUCGAGUAUUCGUCUGUGGGUUGUUUUGCCCAUAGUCUUCAUCACGUUCUUCGUCGGCGUCCUGCGUCAUUACGUCACUCAACUUAUUCAAAGUGAGAAGAAAGUGGAUCUGCAGCAGGUGUCUGACAGUCAGGUGUUACUGCGUAGCCGCAUACUGAGAGAAAAUGGAAAGUAUCUACCCAAACAGUCAUUUGCCAUGAGAAAACAUUAUUUCAACAACGCUGAGACUGGAUUCUUUAAGAAAGUCAAAAGAAAGGUGGUUCCCAAAAAUCCCAUGACAGAUACAAGCAUGUUAACAGACAUGAUGAAAGGCAAUCUCACCAAUGUGCUGCCAAUGAUUCUGAUUGGAGGAUGGAUCAACUGGGCUUUUUCUGGUUUUGUCACAACUAAGGUUCCGUUUCCAUUGACGCUCAGAUUUAAGCCGAUGUUACAGCGAGGAAUCGACCUGCUAUCGCUGGAUGCCUCCUGGGUGAGUUCCGCUUCCUGGUAUUUUCUCAAUGUCUUUGGGCUCCGAAGCAUGUACACUCUCAUCCUUGGACAAGAUAAUGCUGCAGAUCAGUCAAGAAUAAUGCAGGAGCAAAUGACCGGGGCUGCGAUGGCUAUGCCCCCUGAUCCUAAUAAGGCAUUUAAGAGCGAGUGGGAAGCCCUGGAGAUUGUGGAGCACAAAUGGGCUCUGGAAAAUGUUGAGGAGGAACUCGUGUCCCGUGAUCUGAACUUCACAGGACUCUUAAGCCGUCAAGAUAGAAUGGUGUUCUGAUGUGUUAUUACUGUAGCCAGCAAACUGUUUACUGAGACUGUUAACAUGACUCAAAGGUGCUGCUUCAAAGUGUUCAUUUGAAUGAUACUGACAGUGUUUCGUUUGUUGUGAACGUCUUAUGAAAGAAGUGUUAUUAAAAAACUACAAAGACAGCAUGCAUUCAGGAAUGCCCAACAAUUGUUUUGGUGAACUGUAAGGCCUGAACAUGAGCUUUAAAUGUAAUGAAGAGAGUCAAAAUUGUGAAAAGAAUAGUAUUAUGAGAGUAAUAUAGAUAGUUAGAUAUAAGACAUGUUCCAUGUUGCAAAAAGAUUUGUGCUAAAUACAGUAUGUGUGAAUUGACAGUGCCUUGUUUCUGGGUUUUUAUACUGUUUAAACCGUUAAUAAGGCAACCUGAUUUUGUUGAUGUUUUUGAUUGUACGGUUGCAAUGUGGCUGGAAAACUGUAGGCUGUUAUUUUCUUUUGUGGUCUAGUAACACUCAGCACUUCAACCGUCAGACAUCUUUUAAAUUAAAAUGUAAAUUAAAUGUAGCAGACGCAUACUAUUUUUGAUUGUCGUGCAGGAGCUGGAGAGCUCAAUAAUGUUAAAAUGUAAUAAACAUUAAGUGGAACCUUGAGUUGAGAAGGAAAGGAAAUUAAUUUGUUCCUGAGAGGAAAUGAUUCAUCUGAAAGCUUGUGAAUCAUGGAGAGCUGAAUCAAACUUGUAAACAUCAAAUUCGCUGAAAAAAAGUUGGUUCAACUUAAAAAAUAAGUUACCUGAUUGCCUUAACAUUUUUAGAGAAGUCAACACCAUGUUUGCAUCAAUUUGAGUUAACUAAUAUUUUUAAGUUGACUUAACUCAAAAUUU